GGAAAGCGUGGGCGGUCAAAGGAAAAGGUGGAGUCGUUUCUCACCAGAACUAGACCGGUGAGAGCAUUUUAUGUAUUUAUUUAACUAGGCAAGUCAGUUAAGAACAAAUUCUUAUUUACAAUGACGGCCUACCCCGGCCGAACCCUAACACGGAUGACGCUGGGCCAAUUCUGUGUCGCCCAAUGGGACUCCCAAUCACAGCGGUACUGUACACACACGGGCUUAUUUUAUUAGUAAUUUACGAUACAUUCUUGGUUAAACUUAUUUGAUUGAGUUCUGUUAUAAUCUGUUUUAUUAUCUCUAAUUAGUUUAUACUGUCCUAUUCAGCGGUGGUGUCAUUUAACAGAUUACUUUGCUGUAAUUUGUGUGGUAAAUUUCUAAUCUUUCUCUUUUUUUAUUUCACUUAGUGUGAAAGGAGAAAAAAGUAAGAAGAAACCCGAAACACUGCUCUUGAUAGCGUUACUGCUUUUCAAUAAACUUUACGUAUCGGCCUCACGGCCUUCAUCAGAGCUUGUACUUAGUGUGAAAGGGAAAGGCUUGUCAUAGCAUGUCAAGGCUUGACAAUGCACAUCAUUUUUGUAAAUCUAACAUUAAUUUCAUAAUUGAUGAUUGGCAAUGACUUAUUGACCGUAGCUUCUGUUUAAGCUCUGGAUUUCAUAAGAAACUUUUCUCGUUUCUGAGCCCUCAAGACCAAGAGAUAUGGAGACGCUGACACCCAGUGGAUGUUGUGGGUCACUGCAUGGAGACUUUUACCCGUAAUUACAUGAAAACCUCUUCACUGCAGCUAAACAUACCAAGCGGGUUAGUGUCUUCCCUACAUGACAUGCACUUCAGAGAGAAAGGCCUGCUCUCUCUCUCUGCCGGUCCCUCCCUUUCUCUCAUGCUGCCGGCCUGGAGCCCACUGCUUUAUCACGGCACUGCAGGAGGGUCCACUGAAUGCAGCCAGUGUCUGACCAGAGCUCCCACAUGAGGGCUGGGCCUCGUUGGCUGAGGGGGACGGGCUGCCUUCCUACAGGAUAAGUAGGCAGAGAGAGAGAGAAUGAGGAGUGGCAGAGGGAACCUCCUUUGUCGAUUUAUAGGUCUUCCAUGCACACAUACACACACACACACACACACACACACAUAGAUAGACACACACAGACAGCAGGGGCCUCUCAGACAAAGUCAGGAUGUGACAUCACUCACAGGAAGAGAAGCCAAACAACUUUUUGACUUGUACUUUUUUGUCUGCGCUGCUGUGUCGCUGGCUUCUCAGUGAAGUUGGAGCCUCGAGGUCUGUUGGUAGCUGGGAAGGAGGGAGUAUCUGUAGGAACCGGAGAGGGACAGAUCUGCCUGGACCGUUGUCCACAUUCCCAAGUCGUCCACAUUGGGAGCCCAGCCAGAGAGGGGUCCCUCCAUUCUCAAUCAUCCCCAAUGUAGAGGUCACUGCCCUCUGAAUAGAAAAACUCCUCAUCGACCUGCAACCUAAACAAACGUAUGUUAGUGAAACCUGUCCAAUCCAUGCUCAGGAAGGCCAUACCAUAGAGUCCACCAUUAAGACAAUGGCGCUCUGUCUCGGACAAGUCUUCAGCAAAGACAAAACGUUUAGGCCUCGGAAGCGCUUUGAGCCUGGCACACAGCGGUUUGAGCUGUACAAGAAGGCCCAGGCCUCUCUGAAGUCAGGCCUGGACCUGAGGAAAGUGGUCCAGCUUCCCGAAGGAGAGAACAUCAACGACUGGAUCGCCGUGCACGUGGUGGACUUCUUCAACCGGAUCAACCUGAUCUACGGCACGGUCAGCGAGUUCUGCACCGAGCGCACCUGCCCCAUCAUGUCGGGGGGCCUGCGCUACGAGUACCGGUGGCAGGACGGAGACGACUACAAGAAGCCCACCAAGCUGCCCGCCUUGAAGUACAUGAACCUUCUGAUGGACUGGAUAGAGACGAACAUCAACAAUGAGAACAUCUUCCCCACGAGAGUAGGUGUUCCUUUCCCUAAGAACUUCCAGCAGGUGUGUAAGAAGAUCCUGAGUCGUCUCUUCCGGGUCUUUGUGCACGUCUACAUCCACCACUUUGACAGCAUCUGCAGUAUGGGCGCUGAGGCCCACAUCAAUACCUGCUACAAACACUACUAUUAUUUCAUCUCUGAGUUCAGCCUCAUCGAGCACUCUGAACUGGAGCCCCUGAGAGCAAUGACAGAGAAGAUCUGUAACUAAACCACUUGGACAAUGGAGAGUGUACAUCAUUUCAAAAAAUUCCCCGGAGCCCUUCAAGAGACCCACUGCUUAAAUACCGUUCCAAACACUCAAACCAAAGGACAGUCGAAUGGAUUUUGAGUGGAUUUGAAGAACUUAAGUGUUAUCCAUCAAGCAUUAGAACGUUUAUUCACAUUUUCAGCCAAUAGGCUAUAUGUUUUUAGGAAAAAGGACUGUUCUGCUUCCUAGAUUUUGUGCUGUGACAUGCAGCAUUUCAGUAUUUUGUGUUUUAUUUGAGUAACUGUUCUAGCUCUGUUUUACUAAGCAUGAAUAUGUUUUUCUUGUGCAUGUUCUUGACAUCAUUAACUUCCAAAAUGUGCCUGCGGUUUCGAGGUGUUUGAGCCAUUUUGUGAUGGACAGAAGGCGACAUCACAAGACCCCUCUCCAGUAUUUAGCAUUUUGUGACAAGUACGUGUCCAAUGUGUCCCAGCCAGAGGCAACAGAGUUAAGGACUUUGAAAAACAGACAUUUUGUGAGGUGUCUGGGUAAGUACAGGGUGACAACCGGAAGAAAUACUUGUGAAAUAUUGACUUCAUUUUCAUUUACCAAAACUAGUUCAACUGGGAUUACUCUGGGAGACUAAUCUGAUUGAGAUGUGUGGACAAGUUAGGACAAGUAAGUUCACCCACUACAAUUGGUGUUUUUGUUGCAUGCCCUGUUAAUUUGCAUUUUAUUAUUAAGGAAAUGUUUUAGCUGUGAUCACACUAAAUAUCAGACAUAGGAUAUUUUCAUUCAGACGGUGACCAAUUAAAACCUGCCUCAUUGCUUUUGUAAAACCUUAAA